GCGUCCAGCAUCAGAAGCAGGUCUGGCCCGAAUGCAAUCGCGAGGAUGGGCCUCCAUUUGUUACCGCUCCGAUAGACACACGUCGUGGUCCUUGUUGUGGGGUUGAAUUUCAACUUGGAACUGCCCACUUUACCUUUUGCCAAAUUGCACCCAGUACAGUACACUAUGAUGCCCUCGUCGCCCAACUCGCGCUGCAAGUACCCGUACAAAAUGUGCCCCAACACACGCACGUUCAAGAAGGACGGCGAGCCACACACGCUUUGCGAGUACCACCGCAACAAGGCCAACUCGAUUCAAAAGAUUUACGCCACCAAGCGCCGCCAGGAGCUCCGAUUGCAGCGCAAGUCGCCGCCACGGAGCCGGUCGCCGACGCUUGUGCUGCCCGACCCGGCCCCGUUCUUGCCAAAUGCGGCGCUCACAAUCGAGCCCAAUGAUUUGGUUGACCUCUCGCUCUUGUUUGAAGACGACUUUCCGUCCGAGACGCAUUCCUGUGGCCUCGAAGUCCCGGACGCUGCGCUCUUUAUGACCAGCCGCCUUUUUACGGACCGCCUCAAGUUGUCGGCCGAUGACUACGACAUUCUGUGCACGCUCGUCGACUGAUUAGCGUCUCAUCGAAAUCAUAAUAUCAAUCCUUAUUUAUCCCAAACGACC